AUGACGACCGCACCGCAUAUGCCGGCCAAGGCGAACAGCGCCAAUGAUGUGCAUGUACGCCCGAGAGGCAUCCUGAAGAACUCGCACUCCUAUUCUGCAGCCCCUGCAGCUGCAGCUCUCAGUCCGCUGACCACUCCUGCCAUCCCCGAAACAGGCGACACCAAAGACCUUACUCUGCAAAACACACUGCAAAACGCCGGCCGACGCCGGUCCUCCUCCAACGCCCGACCAGGCUCCUCCCGCCGGCAGUCCCUAGCCAGCGCGCAUGAUGAAGAGAACAACCCCCGUCUCAAGUGGGACGAAGCAAACUUGUACCUCACAGAGCAGGAGCGCACGGCGAAGAUGAAGAUCGACGAGCCCAAAACACCCUACGCCCCGCACUACGACCCAACGGAGGACGAAGAGGAGAUCCGCCUCGCGGAGGCCCAAGAGAGUUCGAUCAACGCACAGGGCGUCGUCGUUGAUGAACUGGACCGCUCAGCCAAGACGCACAAGAAGGGCGUCUCGGAAGACGACAUCCCGGACCUGGAGCUUGGCGAGCCGGAGGAGGAUUCCCUUGCUGGGCCUGACCCGUCUGAUCCCCGAAUUUUCCGGGACCGGAGCAUGAGCACGGAUUCGCACAAGAGUGAAAAGCACGUUCAUGUUGGCGCGGAGAAUGGUGAUGGUCUCGUGACCACCGAGGAGGCGAAGGAGAAACAUCGCCAGUUCGAGGAACAUCGAAAGAAGCAUUAUGAGAUGCGGAACAUCAAAGAUUUACUUGCACACCCGGAAGAACUGGACGAAAUGGAGGAAGACGAGGACGAGACCGAGCCUGGUCCCCCACCCUCUGUGCCGCAAAUCCCUGAACACUUUCGCAAUGGUCAAUAG